CAUCGACAACACGUAAUUAUUAUGAUUGUAUCUACUCGUAUUUACAAUUGGGUGACAAUAUUCCACUUUUUCCAAAAAUACCGUAUUGCAUUCGUCCAGCUGAAAUGUCUCCUCAGCUAAUUAACUAUACCUUAAAAUGUCAUGAUGAAGAAUUUACCUUCGAACAGUUGAAAUCUAACAGAACAUGAGUUAUUGAUUUAUUGAAAUGGAAAGCAGCUAUUGACACUAUUGACCAUUAUCAAAAAUACGUUGAAGAAAAUAAUACAGUAUCUGGUCAAGAAACAUACUGUAAGUGUAUUAACCCCAUAUGGUUUGGUUCAAGAUGUCAAUAUACCUUUGCUAAAGUUAAAGAUUUUAUAGAGUUUGAUGAAAUUUUGGAAUCUCGUUUAGAACUAAGAUAUCACAGUAUUAUGUUUAACUAUGUGACAAUAGACAAUGUCACGUGUUAUACCGGUUUAACGUGCAAGACUUUGGUAUUCUGUCUUGACUGGAAACAAAUAUGUGAUGGGGUUGCUGAUUGUGAAAAUGCUGAAGACGAACAAAAUUGUUUAGAAUUAGAAACAAAUGAAUGUGAUAGGAAAACAGAAUAUAGAUGCCGAAACGGUAUGUGUAUUGUAAGAGAAUUUGCUUUUGAUCUGAUCUUAGACUGUAUGGAUGGAAGCGAUGAACUUGAAAGGAAACUUUCUGAACCCCGAAAAAUAGGCAGACCAUACGUUGAAUGUGAAGAGUAUAAAUGGUCUACGGGAAGGCCAAAUUACAUUUGCAAAGCGCACCUUAUGAAUUCACUGUAUGCUAAUUUGCGUUUUAAUCUGUAUCAUAAGCGUCUUCAUCGUCAGUAUGUUAGUGAUAAUAAGAGUUUAUUGUGUGAGAAGUACAUGAUAUGUAAAGUAGGAUUCAAUGGUAUUGUUAGUUCAGAAUGUAUCGCUCUAUGUAAAAAUAUAGAGACAUCUUGUUCGUCUCUUAUUAGAGAAAACUGCUUGAGUCCGUUUUUUUUCCCUGCAAAUCCAGUCGCAUAUCCAUCUGUGCGCUUUCUUUAUUUCACAAAUAUUACAGAAUGGGACGGGAUUGGAUUCACUCCUCCUAAAUACAUUUGUUACGAUGAUACUAUUUGUAGUAUGUUUCCUACUGCUUAUACCAUUUAUGGUUAUCAUUGUCGUGCUACAGUUGAUUUCGGUUUACCUUCUAAUCAACAGUAUGAUGUGUUUCAUAAUUCAAUGGCACGUAUAUUUUCAACUUGUUUAAUUCAUAAUACAUCUUGCAAUCAGUUAUUUCAAUGUAAGUUAUUAAAUAAUUGUAUAUCAAAAUACCGAUUGAAUGAUCUCUAUAACGAUUGUUUUUUUGGUGAUGAUGAGACAUAUGAGAAUAUACAAAGUUUAAAUCUAAGUGAUCGUAUCACGUGUAUCAGUCAUACUAGUAAAGAACUCCAUGUUCCGAGUUGGUUGUAUGAUCACCAUAGUGUCAAUUGUCUUCCAAUAGUUACGUGUGAGAGCACCAGUGACGGCGGUUGUGAUUUGUUAAGGAAUGUAAAUCUUAUUUCACCAUAUCAUUAUUUAUUUCAAGAAAUUUGUAAUGGUAUUGAAAAUAAUGCUUUAACAGACAAGAAUGAAACAGAUGAAACAAAUUGUUAUGAGUUUUAUCAUUUAUGUAGUGCGAGACGUCGAUCUUGCAACGGACAAUGGGACUGCGCAACUGGAAUUGAUGAAAUUUGUACUGAACGUCCUAAAUAUUGCCCUUCGACAGAACAUCUAUGUUUUAAAUCCAACAAUUAUCAACAAACUUGUUUGGACAGGAAAUAUGUGGGUGAUGGUGUUAUUGACUGUGUUGGUGGAACUGAUGAACGUCUAGAAUAUUGUCCUCACGCUUAUCCAUCGGAAAGAAAUCGCCGAUUCUGGUGUAAAAACAGUUCGCAGUGCUUGCUAGUAGACAAACAGGUUUGUGAUGGUUACUAUGAUUGUCCGCUGAGAGACGACGAAGUUAUUUGUCCCUCGAGAAAUAAAUCAGAAUGUCCAACAGGGAUGUUUGCUUGUACUAACGGCAAUUGUGUGAAUAUGUCAAAACGAUGCGAUGGCCAACCUGAUUGUGACCGGAGUGCUGAAGAUGAGUUGUUUUGUGACUUGCUUUAUGUCGCAUAUUCUAGCAAUCCGUUUGGCCUCUACAAAGAUUUUAAUCAAUAUCCUUUUCGUGAUGAGGUAACAAGUUUGUCUUUCAACGCUCAAAAUCAUGAAAUUGUUCAGAAUAAAUGGAUGAUACAGCAAACUAGAAACAUUCGUGUUCAAGAAGAGAUGCAAGCAGACCUGGGUUAUUAUUAUGGUUACUAUUGUAAUCUUGGUGUUGUCGUUAAUUCGAGAGACCACACAGCAGAUAAAUGCUUGUGUUCUCCGAAUUAUUAUGGUGAUCGUUGUGAAUUUCAAAGUGAACGUUUGACAGUUUACUUUCAAGCUAAACUAACUAAGCCUUUGGAUAAUGAUAUAUUCAAAUUCUUGAUUUGUCUGAUAGCAGGAAAUGAUACUACCGUAACUUGCGAAUAUGUCGUUCAUUUUUCACAGAAUAAUGUGCUAAAACAUAUUGUAUAUUUAGAGUAUCCGAGAGAAAAACACUCGCUUGGUAAUUUUUUUGUUCGUAUUUUUGCUUUUUCAAUAACAAUGUCCAAUAUCACGUUUCAUUCAGCAUGGUAUUUUCGUGUCACACUUCAGUUUUUGCCUGUUAAUCGUUUGACUACUUUUGUGUUAAUCAACGUUAAAAAGGGUUUCGCUGCAUGUAAUCGAAAUUGUGUACAUGGAUCGUGUAUUGUUUAUCGAAAUAUUGAUGAAAAAUCUUUCUGUCUGUGUGACGACGGCUGGUUAGGUCCUUAUUGUGAUGUUUUAUCAUCAAUUACGUGCGCGAAUGGUUCCCGAUCUAUCGAAGGUCAAUGUUUAUGCACAUUGGGUAGAAUUGGACCUGGUUGUUACAUACAAAAUGGGACGUGUUCUAUGGGAAGAUGUGAGAAUGGUGGUACUUGUUUUCCUAUAGUAGAAACGUUUGAACAGAUAUGCGUGUGUCACGAAGGUUAUUCCGGUAGUUUAUGCCAGUAUCCUAAUGCUCACGUUUUGGUUCGUUUAUCCGAUAAACCAUCUGAUCGAACAAUUAUUCGAAUGCCCAUUGUUGUCGUUCAUCUCUUAGAUAUUGAUGAGAGCUCGAGCUCUUUAUUACCAAAAAAUCGUUCAGUUUAUAAAAAUAUUCAUUUUGAUACAGUUCUAUCAGUUUACUAUCGACAAGAAGUGUUACCAGCAUUCAUUUAUGUUCAGCUAUUUUAUAAUACAGAUACCUUUCACGGUUUAUAUUAUUUAGUUAGUUUCAUCCGUCAUGUGAGAACUUUACAUACGAGUGUAUUGCCAUCGAAUCGUUGCCCACAUGUGAGUGAACUUUUGAACAGCACAAUAAACCAGCUUUUAUAUUUGAAACGUGUCAAAUAUUAUCAACGAGCUUGCUACACUUUAGGUGUAAAAUGUUUUUUUGAUGACAAAUACAUGUGUUUAUGUGAUAAUUUUGUCCGUUAUGACUGUCUGCUGUUCGAUCAUGAUGCAAGUAAUUGUACUGGUAGAGGUUAUUGUCUAAAUGGUGGGCAUUGUGCUCAGUCAGCACAAGUUUUUGGAAAAAACACUGAUUUUGCGUGUGUUUGUGCUCGUUGCUUUUAUGGCGAUUUGUGCCAAUUUACAACAGCUCAAUAUUCACAAUCAUUGGACGCAUUUACUGGGCCAGAAAUAUUGACAGGCAAGCCUCUAAGACAACAGCCGGUUGUCAUCAAGAUCAUAUUGACAAGUGUUAUAGUAUUGGUGGUAUCAGGUUUGAUCAUUAAUUUAUUGUCAAUAAUAACAUUCAGUCGGAAAAGAACACAUGAAGUUGGAUGUGGCUUCUAUUUGUUGUUGUUAUGCAUUAUAAGUCAAUUAGGUAUUCUUACACUAGGUGCUCGAUUCACGUAUUUAAUUGUAACACAAAUUAGUGGCACAGAAAAUAAAUCCUAUGCAUAUGUCAGUUGUGUUGCGCUCGAAUUUUUACUCUCUGUCUUGCUAUCUGGCUUCGAUUGGUUGACAGCAUGCAUAGCCGUUGAAAGAGCGUUUAAUGCAGUCAAAGGCACCAAAUUUAAUAAAAAGUUAAGUAAGAAAGUAUCAAAAUAUGUGGGUGUUAUGGUGAUUGUUUUAACUGUUGUUAGUUCAUUGCAUGAGCCGUUUAAUCGUCAUAUAAUCGACGAUCCACGCUCGAAUGGUUAUUCAUGGUGCGUAAUGCAAUUUGAUACGCAGUGGUUAAAAACGUACGAAACUAUCUCGAAUAUUGUCCAUUUAACAACGCCGUUUCUGAUUAAUUUGGUCUCGACUACUGUCUUUCUCAUCAGUUUAGCUCGAAGGAAAUCUGCCUCAACGGCAAAUACGGAUAAUUAUUACAUGCUGUUGAAAAAACAGAUUACUUUGUAUAAACCAUUUGUUGUUAGCCCAGUUAUAUUGAUUAUCGUAGAACUGCCUCGUCUAGUAUCAUCAUUCGCGUUUGCUUGUAUCGAAUUUCCUUGGCAAAAAUAUAUCUACUUAGUCAGUUAUUUUGUUUCAUUCAUUCCACUCAUGGGCACAAUAAUCAUUUUCGUUCUUCCAGCUCCUGUGUAUAGAGAAGAAUUAAGUGAAUUUUUAAGGAGCACAAAAACUCGUUUUACACGGUUUUCUCAAAGACCAUAA